UGAAAAACUGCCAGUUUCCUACCCUUGAACUGCUGAUGUUAGAUGUUCCUGGAUUAGCCAAACAUUCUAACUCCUGAAGGCUGUCUCGUAUUAUUAAUCGCACAUUCAUAGAGCGCUGAAGUUAAAAAGCACGCAACUGUGGUCGUGUAAUACCAAUAGGGACAGGAACUAAAAUUGAUUAUCUGUGUUUCCUGCAUAAGAGUGAUGAUUCAUUGACGACAAACCUAUGCUUAUCAUCGAAGACUAAGAUAUCCAGACAAGUAACCAUGUAUACUUCCUUAUAAACAUUAUCAUCAAAGUUAUCAAUUUUUAAUCUGUUUCUUAUUGAAAAAGAAAUUAUGUUCAGUCGUGUUCCUUUAACUGAUGACUUUAAUCAUUUAGCACUUUGUGCUCGAGCAAGUUUAUCUCAUCAAGCUGAGAAAAAGAUUCAUUCAAUUUUAAACUGUGGUCAACUUUCAUUUGGAAGUAAUCUAUACAAUGGUAAAGAUGAAAUGAAGCAUAUUCAGCAGAUUAUUCCUCCUCCAGCCAGUAAUAAUAAUAAUAAUAAUAACAAUAAUAAUAAUAAUAAUAAUAAUAAUAAUAGUCCUAUUCCAUUGAACCAAUGUACACCUGUCCAUCAAUCAACUGGUUGUAAUGAACGCGUUAAACGUCAUCAUUGUACAGAUUGUACAAAAUCAUUUCAUCGUGCUAGUGAUCUAGUGAAACAUCGUCGUACACAUACAGGUGAGAAACCAUUCGCUUGUAUUCAAUGUGGUCGUGCAUUUGCUGAUUCCAGUAGUUUAUCUGCUCAUAAACGUAUACAUACUGGUGAACGCCCAUAUCAUUGUUGUCAAUGUGGUAAAAGUUUCUCUGUAUCUAGUAGUCUAGUAAAACAUCGACGAAUACAUACAGGAGAACGUCCAUAUCGUUGUGAAUAUUGUGGACGAUCAUUUUCAGAUAAUAGUAGUUAUAGUGCGCAUAAGAAACGAAGUCAACGGUGUACACCAAUUGGUGGUAGUAAUAAUAAUAAUAAUAACAACAAUAAUGAUAGUAUUAAUAAUAGUCUUCUUGGUGGAGAUUGUGAACGAAAGACAAAAUGUGAAGGUUGUGCAUUUCUUGAUGUACGUACACAAGCAGUUAUUCAUCCAGCAGGAGCUGCGGUAGCUGCAGCUGCUGCUGGUGUAUCUGUUGAACACUUUUUAAAUAAUAAAUCAUCAAAUAUGCUUAUAUCAAAAAUAGAUGUUAAUGGAUUUUGUCCAACAUCAAUGAAUUUAUCCUUUCCUAAUUCAUCGAAUACAAAUAAUAAUAAUAAUAAUAUUAUCACAGCGACUGCUUUAACAUGAAUACUUGUCUGCUUCAUAUAUACACUGUCUUACACUUGCGCCCUUACAAAAGGUGAACAUUAUCAUGUUUUAUAACAUUGUAUGUAUAUAGAUAUAUAAAUUAUAUGUGUAUCUUUGUGUUUUGGAAGCUUUUUAUUCUUCUCGCUUUUAGUCUCUCUCUCUCUCUCUACACAGUAUAUUGAACAUGUUGAAUUUACCGCGACAAUCGCUUCAAAUUUUAGUCGAUACCCUAAGUUUUAUCAUCAUUAUCAUUAUCAUCAUUAUUGUUAGUUGUUGAUUUUCAUUUCUUUCUGUAGUGUUACUUUUGUAAGUAAUCAAGUUAACUCAACAAACUCUAAUCAAUAACAAUUAACAUACUUUGAUAAUUUUGUUAAGGAGUAAUGAUCCUCAUCUAUAUGCUUCAUCGUUAUUCGUCUUCUUGUAUCUCACUACUCGGACAAUUUUUUUAAAAAUCUUGGUGGUGGUGGUGGUGGUGGUGGUGGCGUUCAAUUGAUGAUGAGGUGGGAUGAGCGAGGUCUUUGUGUGUGUGUGUGUGUGUAUGUAUGUAGGUCAUCCGGCGAUAAUGAAAGAUGUUUGCAUAUUGUUCCCUUUGUUGUUACAAUUUCUCGCCUGUUGUCUUCAUCGUUUUCCUGUCGGAUACGCUUUUUGAACCAUUGUGUAUUAUAUUUUCGUUAUUGUUUCAUUUUAUUCAUCAUCAUCAAGUUUAUUUUGCUUGACAUGUUCAUUUGUUCCAGUUUCCCGAUACCAAUUUAGUGUUCUUAAAGUGUACACAGGGUUCAACUGUUUCACUUGGUUUUUAUCCCUUGGUGUUACCGAAUACUCGCUUACUGUCACAUACAUAUAUGGAGCAUGUUAUGGCAUUUCGAAUAUAAUUUAUUAUCAAUUAUCA